ACACUCCUUGAAUAUGCAGAGAAAUGGAAAACUUCAGAAGAUCCCUUACCUUUAUUGGAGGUAUACACAGUGGCUAUCCAAAGUUAUGUUAAAGCCCGACCUUAUCUUACCUCUGAAUGUGAAAAUGUAGCAUUGGUUCUGGAACGCUUGGCAUUAAGCUGUGUUGAACUAUUACUGUGUCUGCCUGUUGAGUUAUCAGAUAAACAGUGGGAACAAUUUCAGACACUGGUGCAGGUAGCUCAUGAAAAGCUGAUGGAGAAUGGCAGCUGUGAAUUGCAUUUUUUAGCUACUCUAGCUCAAGAGACUGGGGUGUGGAAAAACCCGGUACUGUGCACUAUUCUUUCCCAGGAACCAUUGGAUAAGGAUAAAGUGAAUGAAUUUUUAACUUUUGAGGGUCCCAUCUUGUUGGAUAUGAGAAUUAAACAUCUGAUCAAAACAAAUCAGUUAAGUCAAGCAACUGCUCUAGCAAAGCUAUGUUCUGACCAUCCAGAGAUUGGUACAAAAGGUAGUUUUAAGCAAACUUACCUUGUUUGUCUUUGUACAUCAUCACCAAAUGAAAAGUUAAUUGAAGAGAUUUCAGAAGUCGAUUGCAAAGAUGCUCUAGAAAUGAUCUGUAACUUAGAAUCUGAAGGUGAUGAAAAAAGUGCUCUUGUCUUAUGCACUGCAUUUUUAUCACGUCAGCUCCAACAGGGAGAUAUGUACUGUGCUUGGGAACUCACUCUUUUUUGGAGUAAACUUCAGCAAAGGGUACAACCAUCUAUACAAGCGUAUCUGGAGAGGUGUCGUCAACUUUCUUUGUUAACAAAGACGGUAUAUCACAUUUUCUUCCUGAUUAAAGUUAUAAAUUCAGAGACUGAAGGGGCUGGACUUGCUACCUGUAUAGAACUGUGUGUAAAAGCUCUUCGUUUGGAAUCUACAGAAAAUACUGAAGUGAAAAUAUCUAUUUGCAAGACCAUUUCAUGUUUGUUGCCUGAUGAUCUGGAAGUAAAACGUGCUUGUCAACUGAGUGAAUUUCUUAUUGAGCCUACGGUAGAUGCAUAUUAUGCUGUGGAAAUGUUGUAUAACCAGCCUGAUCAGAAAUAUGAUGAAGAAAAUCUUCCAAUACCAAAUUCUCUACGCUGUGAGCUCUUACUUGUAUUGAAAACUCAGUGGCCCUUUGAUCCAGAAUUCUGGGAUUGGAAAACCUUAAAACGACAGUGUCUUGCAUUAAUGGGAGAAGAAGCAUCCAUUGUGUCUUCAAUCGAUGAACUCAAUGACAGUGAAGUAUAUGAAAAAGUAGUAGAUUACCAGGAAGAGAUUAAAGAAACUUCUGUGAAUGGACUUGCUGGUGGAAUUGGUGCUAAUUCUGGUCUUCUUACAGACAGUGGUGAUGAAAAGCAGAAGAAGAAAGAGAUAAAACAAUUAAGAGAGAGGGGAUUUAUAUCUGCUAGGUUUAGGAACUGGCAAGCCUACAUGCAAUAUUGCGUGCUAUGUGACAAGGAAUUCCUUGGUCAUAGAAUAGUACGACAUGCCCAGAAACAUUACAAAGAUGGAAUUUACAGUUGCCCCAUAUGUGCAAAGAACUUUAAUUCUAAAGAAACUUUUGUCCCUCAUGUCACAUUGCAUGUUAAACAAUCCAGUAAAGAAAGACUCGCAGCUAUGAAACCACUAAGAAGAUUGGGAAGGCCUCCUAAGAUCACAACCACCAAUGAGAAUCAAAAGACUAAUACUGUGGCUAAGCAGGAACAGCGGCCUAUAAAAAAGAAUAGUCUUUAUUCAACAGAUUUCAUAGUGUUUAAUGACAAUGAUGGUUCAGAUGAUGAGAAUGAUGACAAGGAUAAAUCUUAUGAGCCAGAAGUGAUCCCAGUCCAGAAACCAAUACCUGUUAAUGAAUUUAAUUGCCCUGUGACUUUUUGUAAAAAGGGAUUUAAGUACUUUAAAAACUUAAUUGCUCAUGUAAAGGGGCAUAAAGAUAAUGAAGAUGCCAAGCGCUUUCUUGAAAUGCAAAGCAAAAAAGUUAUUUGCCAGUACUGUAGACGGCAUUUUGUAAGUGUUACUCAUCUCAACGAUCACUUACAAAUGCACUGUGGCAGUAAACCUUAUAUCUGCAUACAGAUGAAGUGUAAGGCCGGUUUUAAUAGUUACGCAGAGCUUCUAACCCACCGAAAGGAGCAUCAAGUCUUCAGAGCAAAGUGUAUGUUUCCUAAGUGUGGCAGAAUUUUUUCAGAAGCUUAUUUACUAUAUGAUCAUGAAGCACAACAUUAUAAUACCUACACUUGUAAGUUCACAGGUUGUGGUAAAGUUUAUCGUUCUCAGAGUGAGCUGGAAAAGCAUUUGGAUGAUCACAAUACUCCUGAAAAAGUGCUGCCUCCUGAAGACCAACUUAAAUCGCCCGGAGAUUCUGUUGAGCCUUCCAAAGUCAAUCAGAACACAGAAGAAAGUACUGAGAAAGAAAGAUCUGUGCUUCCUCCAGAAAAUAAUGGUGAGAAUAGCUUACAAGCAGAUAGAAGGGAUGCCUGGGAUAAAAGCAAAGCAGAAUCAGCUGUGGCCAAGCAAGACCAGAUACCUGCCUCUGAGCUCCGCCAAGCCAAUGGGCCAUUAUCAGAGGGCCUGGAAAAUCCUGCUGCUGCUACUCUGCUUCAGGCCAGUGAAGUAGCUGUGUCCAUUAAGGUAUCUCUCAACCAAGGGAUGGAGGAUAGCUUCAGAAAGCAAGAAAACUCAAUCGUGGAAGGCACUGGUGAAUCACUGAUCACAAACCUACAUACACCAGCUGAAAAUUGUAAUGAUUUGUGUCAUCCCAGUUUCCAAGAGAAAAAAGAACAGGAUUGCUUUCAUGAAUCCCAGAAUACUCCAAAUUCUUUAGUAAAUUCAGAAACUCUCAAAGUAGGUGACCUUACCCCACAGAACUUAGAAAGACAAGUGAACAGCCUGAUGACCUUUUCUGUGCAAAAUCAGGCAGGAUUUCAGAACAGUUUACCAACUUCCAAGUUUGAAUGUGAAGGUAAUGUUAAAACAUCAUCCAGUCUUUAUAAUUUACCUCUUAAGACAUUAGAAAGUAUCACAUUCGUUCCACCACAACCCACCCUAAGUAGUUCAUUAGGAACUCCAUCAGUGCCUCCAAAAACUCCAGUUCAGAAAUUCAACUGCCAGGUUGAGGGAUGUACUCGAACCUAUAAUUCUUCACAGAGUAUUGGGAAACACAUGAAGACAGCACACCCUGACCAAUAUGCUGCAUUUAAAAUGCAGCGCAAAAGUAAAAAAGGUCAGAAAUCCAACAACCUAACUACACCAAAUAAUGGAAAGUUUGUUUAUUUUUUGCCAUCACAGGUGAGCAGCUCUGCUAACACAUUUUUCACACCCCAGACCAAAGCCAGUGAGAAUCCCGCUUGUUCAGCCCAGAUGCAGCAUGUCUCACCUUCCCUUUUUCCAGCUCACUUAGCAGGCGUGUCAGCUCCACUCUUGCCCUCCGUGGAAAGUGUCAUAACUCCAAAUAUACCUUCUCAGGAUAAAAAUGAACAAAGUGGUAUGUUAUGUUCCCAGAUGGAAAAUUUAUCUACUCCUGCCUUGCCAACACAAAUGGAAGAUCUAACCAAAACAGUUUUGCCUUUGAAUAUUGACAGUGGCUCAGAUCCUUUCCUUCCUUUACCUGCGGAAAGUAGUUCAAUGUCUCUCUUUCCUUCACCAGCAGACAGUGGGACUAAUUCUGUUUUUUCCCAACUGGAAAAUAAUACAAAUCAUUAUUCCUCACAGAUUGAAGGAAACCCUAAUUCUUCCUUUCUGAAGGGGGGUAAUGGUGACAAUACGGUCUUUCCUUCACAAGUAAAUGUUGCAAAUGACUUCAAUAGCACCAGUGCCCAACUGUCUGCACCUGAAAAAGUCAAAAAAGACCGCGGGCGGGGCCCAAAUGGGAAGGAAAGAAAACCCAAGCACAACAAAAGAGCUAAAUGGCCUGCAAUCAUCAGAGAUGGGAAAUUCAUUUGUAGCAGGUGUUACAGGGCUUUUACUAAUCCCAGGUCACUGGGUGGACACUUGUCUAAGCGAUCUUACUGUAAACCACUGGAUGGAGCAGAAAUUGCCCAAGAACUUUUACAGAAUAAUGGACAGCCUUCUCUUCUUGCCAGCAUGAUUCUCUCCACAAAUGCAGUAAAUUUACAGCAGCAGCAACAAUCUACCUUCAAUCCAGAAACAUGUUUUAAAGACCCAUCAUUCCUGCAGCUUCUUGCUGCUGAAAAUCGGUCAUCAUUUUUACCAAAUACAUUUCCUCGACCUGGCGUGACUAACUUUAAUACAAGUGUUAGUCAAGAAGGGAGUGAAAUUAUUAAGCAGGCCUUGGAAACGGCUGGCAUUCCCAGUACAUUUGAGGGUGCUGAGAUUCUCUCUCAUGUUGUUCCAGCAGGCUGUGUCUCAGACUCAGCACCAGGAAGUGCAGCGGUGAUGCCAAAUGCAACCGUGCCACCCGUGUUGCAGACGGUGUGCCACCCAGGCACUCUGCUCACAAACCAGACCAGGACACCAAACUCCAAAACUUCCACUAUUGAGGAAUGUAGCAGUUUGCCUGUUUUUCCAGCAAGUGACUUACUACUGAAGACUGUUGAAAAUGGUUUGUGUUCUCCAUCAUUCCCUAAUUCCAAUGGGCCAUCACAGAAUUUUACCAGCAACAGUUCACGUGUUUCGGUUAUAAAUGGUCCUCAAAACACAAGAUCCAGUAAUUUAAAUAAAAAGGGUAACAGUGCUUCUAAGAGAAGAAAGAAAGUUGCUCCCCCGCUAAUUGCACCUAAUGCCUCCCAAAAUUUGGUAACAAGUGACUUAACAACAAUGGGACUCAUAGCAAAGAGUAUCGAGAUCCCAGCUACUAACCUUCAUUCAAAUGUGAUUUCAAAUUGUGAACCUCAGGCUCUGGUAGAAAACCUAACACAGAAAUUAAAUCAUGUUGACAAUCAGUUAUUUAUGACUGAUGUAAAAGAGAACUUCAAAAACAAUCUUGAGUCCCAUGCAGUGUUAGCCCCUUUAACGUUAAAAACUGAAAAUGGUGAUUCACAAAUGAUGGCUUUGAACUCGUGCACAACUUCAGUAAAUUCUGAUUUACAGAUUUCUGAAGACAAUGUUAUACAGAACUUUGAAAAGACGCUUGAAAUUAUUAAAACUGCUAUGAACUCUCAAAUACUUGAGGUGAAAAGUGGAUCUCAGGGUUCUGGUGAAACAUCACAAAAUGCUCAGAUAAAUUAUAACAUUCAGCUUCCUUCAGUAAACACUGUACAAAAUAACAAAUUACCUGACACUUCUCAGUUUUCCUCCUUCGUAAGUGUCAUGCCAACCAAAAGCAACAUUCCUCAGUCUGAAGUAUUACAUAAGGAGGAUCAGAUACAGGAAAUUUUAGAAGGCUUACAGAAAUUAAAAUUAGAAAAUGACCUGUCAAGUCCAUCAUCCCAGUGUGUACUAAUAAAUACAUCAGUGACACCAGCUGCCACUCCUGUUAAACCAAUUCCAAGUGUCACAGUUGUUCAGCCAGUUUCUGAAAUAGUAAACAUUCAGCUUAGUGACAAGGUUAAUAAACCCUUUGUGUGUCAAAACCAAGGCUGCACCUAUAGUGCUAUGACAAAGGAUGCACUGUUUAAGCACUAUGGGAAAAUUCACCAGUACACUCCAGAGAUGAUUCUUGAAAUUAAGAAGAAUCAGCUAAAAUUUGCUCCAUUUAAAUGCGUAGUACCUACAUGUACAAAAACAUUUACAAGAAAUUCUAAUCUCCGGGCACACUGUCAGCUAGUACAUCAUUUUACGACAGAAGAAAUGGUGAAGUUAAAAAUAAAAAGGCCUUAUGGAAGAAAAUCUCAGAAUGAAAACUUGUCAGCCCCACGAAUUACGCAAGUCAAAAAACAACUAACUGUGCCCGAAGAAAAUAAAAAGGAACUCCAGCCUGCAUUAGAAUUGAGAGCAGAGACAGAAAAUGGUCUCAGUAAUGUAGCAGUGACCCCUGAAAAGCAACUUACAGAAAAAAAAAGUCCUGAAAAAUCAGAAAGUUCUUCACAAGUGAUCACUGUUACUUCAGAACAACAUAAUACAAAUUCUCUCACUAAUGUCCAAACCAAAGGACGCAAAAGUAGGAGGCAUAAGAAAGAAAAGGAGGAUAAAAAACGAAAGAAGCCAAUUUCCCAGUCUCUCGAAUUCCCAGCAAGAUACAGCCCCUAUAGACCUUAUCGAUGUGUUCACCAGGGCUGUUUUGCCGCCUUUACAAUACAACAAAACUUAAUUCUUCAUUACCAGGCUGUGCACAAGUCAGAUCUCCCUGCAUUCUCUGCAGAGGUUGAAGAGGAAAGUGAAGUUGGCAAAGAAAGUGAAGAAACUGAAACUAAACAAACUUUGAAAGAAUUUCGAUGUCAGGUGAGUGACUGUUCUCGAAUUUUUCAAGCAAUUACUGGGCUAAUACAACACUACAUGAAACUUCAUGAAAUGACUCCUGAGGAAAUUGAAAGUAUGACUGCUUCUGUGGACGUUGGAAAAUUUCCAUGUGACCAAUUAGAGUGUAAAUCUUCAUUUACUACAUAUUUGAACUAUGUAGUUCAUCUUGAGGCAGCUCAUGGAAUUGGGAUUAGGACAGGUAGGACAGAAGAAGAUGGCAUAUUCAAGUGUGAUUGUGAAGGCUGUGACCGUAUAUAUGCAACUCGAUCUAAUCUCCUCCGGCACAUUUUUAAUAAGCAUAAUGACAAACAUAAAGCUCAUUUGAUUCGUCCAAGGAGAUUAACACCUGGCCAGGAAAAUGUGUCAAGCAAGGCAAAUCAAGAAAAACCAAAGUCUAAACAUCGGGGAACAAAACCCAGAUCUGGAAAAGAAGGAAUCAAAAUACCGAAGACCAAACGAAAGAAAAAAAAUAAUUUAGAAAACAAGAAUACAAAAAUUGUUCAGAUCGAAGAAAAUAAACCUUAUUCUCUGAAACGUGGAAAGCAUGUAUAUUCUAUAAAGGCUAGAAAUGACGCCUUGUCCGAGUGCACAAGCAGAUUUGUAACCCAGUACCCAUGUAUGAUAAAGGGAUGUACUUCAGUUGUUACAAGUGAAAGCAAUAUAAUUAGACAUUAUAAGUGCCAUAAAUUAUCUAAGGCAUUUACAUCACAGCACCGCAAUCUUCUUAUUGUCUUCAAACAUUGUUGCGACUCACAAGGAAAGGAAAUUUCAGAGCAAGAAGGUGGUAAGAGCGAUGUGAGAGAUUCUGACACAGGUGUAUUAGAGAGCGCUGAUAACUCAAAAACAAGUACAGUUCCACAAAAGGAAGUUGAAAAAAAUGAAAAAGAUGAAGUGGAUGAGCUGACAGAAUUAUUUAUUACAAAAUUAAUUAAUGAAGACAGCACAAGUCUGGAAACCCAAGCUAAUACCACUGCAAAUGUAAGUAAUGAUUUUCAGGAAAAUAACCCCUGCCAGUCAGAAAGACCAAAAGUGAAUAAUUUAAAGAGAGUUAAUAAAGAAAAAAAUAUCUCACAGAAUAAAAAAAGGAAAGUUGAAAAAGCUGAACCCACAACAGCAGUUGAGUUAAGCAACAUGCGGCAAGAAGAAGAAACUGCUGUUGCAAUUCAAACCAGUGAAGAGAAUCCUGCAUCUUUUGACUGGAGCUCAUUUAAACCAAUGGGAUUUGAAGUGUCAUUUCUGAAGUUUCUUGAAGAGUCUGCAGUUAAGCAGAAGAAAAAUACUGACAAAGACCAUCCAAAUAGUGGAACUAAAAAAGGAUCCCAUUCAAAUUCAAGAAAAAAUACUGACAAGACUGCUGUAACUAGUGGAAAUCAUAUAUGUUCUUGUAAAGAAAGUGAAACCUUUGUACAGUUUGCCAACCCAUCACAGCUUCAGUGCAGUGAUAAUGUAAAAAUUGUUUUAGACAAGACUCUUAAAGAUUGUACUGAGCUUGUCUUAAAGCAGCUUCAGGAAAUGAAACCUACCGUCAGUCUGAAAAAACUUGAAGUACAUUCAAAUGAUCCAGAUAUGUCUGUUAUAAAAGAAAUCAGUAUAGGUAAAACCACAGGCAGAGGACAGUACUGAUGACUAAUGUACUAUAAAAAAGUCAUUGACCAUUUUAUUUUAAAUAGGAAGCCAUCAAGCAUGCUAGAAUCUUGAAACUUUUUCUUUUUUUUUCUUGUUUUGUUUGUUUGUUUGUUUGUUUUUUGUUGUUGACAUGAAUUAACCUGGCCAAAAAAGAGAAAAAAACAUGACAGUUGUCAUGUAAAACUUUUUUUUAUCCCUAUGGGACUUGAUGAACAGAAUCAUUACUUCAGUUAUUGUAAAUAGUUGCGCUAAACCUCAAAUUUCUAUCACCCAAUUGCCCUUUUCAUGAACUAAACUGAAUUAUCUGUGUGAUUGGUAUGUUUCACCAGGUCACUGCUCAUGUAUAACAGUACUCCUUAUUUGUAGAUACCUUUUUUGUAUAUAUUUAUUAUUGUAAAUCAUGUGCUGCCACCAGCAGUCUGUAAGUCUAAACUAUUAAAUGACACAUUUAUAUUUGGAAUUUUAAUUUUUAACUAAGUGAUCAAGUUUUUAAAACUGUUCUUUUAUUGUUUUAAAUUAAGAACUUUUGAACUAAAACUAGAAACUGUCAUAGUUCAUUGAUUUUUUACAUGAAACAUUUACGAGAUCUCAAGAUUACUUUUCACAAAGUAGGCACAUUUAUAGCCACACUUUGCUCUGCUUUGUAAAUUUGCCAUCCGGGAUUUUUGGGUGGUAUUCGUGUGAAAUGAAAGCAGAUCCAUUAGUGGUUUCCUAUAGCUACAGUGGGGUGUUUUUUUUUUUUUUUUCUCUUCAUUGCUUUUAAUUGGAUAUAGUUACUAUGAGUUCAUGAAAUAUAAUGGAAAUGUGAAUAAAGAAUUUACUACAUUGAAGAUUUUAAACAUUUGGUAUUAAAAAAAAUUCUUUGUGAAUGUGAUAGAAACUAGUAGUGUGGAGCAGUGUAAAUAUUUGAGGUGGUGAUUUGUGAAGUAGCCCAGUAUUGCCUUAAAUAAAAUCACAUUUCAUUUCCUGUUUUAUACAUGUGAUCUUAUAAAGAUUUUUUUUUCCCCAUUUUCUGAGAUUUAUAGAUUGGUGUAUAGCUUUAAACUGUAUAAACUUUUGUGGAAAAAAUUUUUUUAAACAUUUUUAUAAAUCUUAAAAUUGGUAUCAUCAAAGUGAGCCCAUCUUGUGUUUAUAAAAUGCAAGAGUCCUUAACAUUUAUAAUUACAUAGAUAAAACACUUUCUAUAAGGAAGUUGGAUGUUUUGAUUUUACUGUUUAUAGAUGUUAGAGUGUACAGAUUUGUCUGUAUUUUCUUGCCAUAUCUAAUGAUACUUUACUCAUUAGAUGGGUCUUCGAGAGCAGUAUUAGUUGUUAUAAUUAUUUUGGUUAUUUAGUAGAUAGUUAGUGCUUAUAGUUUAGAUUUAUUCACCAUAUUUAUACUGUGGAUUCAUGGCCAGAGGUUGAGGUUAUUUCAGGAAGGAUGAUGACCUUAAAGUCCAGCUAAAGUCAGUACUGAAAACAAAAGGAAAUAUCCUUUCAAUACUUUUGUUUUUGUUUGCCAUAAAUAGUAGCAUUGAUUUUUUUUAACUUUGCAUUUGUUAUAAAACAGUUGCACUCACUCACAAUAUUAUUAGCCUGAAGUAUUGCAUAUUGUGAUGAUACAAAAAUGUGUAUAUUCCCUGUGCAACACCAGGUUUGCAGGAAAAAUGAAGCACUUAACGUUAACUGAUAUUGCUGGUACGCUGAAUAAAGAAGCAUGGUCAAGGAGUGAACUAUUUUCAUUUGGAAGAUAUUUUUUUAAGUUUUAUUAUUAAAGUAUUAUAGUUUUAUUUUUAGGACUUAAUGGGUUAUAUUGAAUAGUUGGUUUCACCUCCUUAAGGUUCAUGACCUAUAUGCGUAAAACUUGACACAUUAAAAUCCCUACCCUUUCGUAAGCCCACUGUUAUUUAUUAAAAUAAAAGUUGUUUUUAUGGGUGAUUAA